AUGCCUGGAGCUGGGCGGGAAAUCGUGUCUGGGGCCCCAGAGAGUCCCCCUGCUGCCCUGGGCUGCAAAGUCAGGGGCCGCUCAGAGAGGGGGCCUGCGUGGGCCACCAAGGGGGGAGCGCCGGUGGGGAGCCCCAGCUCGGAGCCGGGGGCUGAACCAGAGGAGGAGCAGGCUUGGGGGACCUGUGACCCUGAGUCCAGGAGUCUGUCUGUGACCCUGAUGUGCACCUGGGUCCCCCGGGACGAGGUUCCUGUGCUGUGACCUCGUCCCUGGAACUUCCAGGGGAGUCCUCUGCCUCCUGAGCCUGGCAGGCAGCCCAGCCCCUAGGGAGCCCCUGACCCACUCUCGCCUCUCCCUGAGUGUAGAGCUCAGCAAGGGCGGCUGGCCUCACUCACCCAGAGGGAGUCACCCCCCAGGGCUGCCCUGUCUCCACCCAGGAUGUCUGCCCUCCUGCUGUGUCCCCAGGAGUCCCCACUCCGGGUCCAUGGUGGGCACAGCACAGUGGGCACAGCUUGGGGGCCUGCCCUGUGUCUCCUCCUGACUGAGCUGGGGGGGGGCCUGGGCACCUGUCCCUGCCCCACCAGCUGUGGGGUCCUGUCCUAGAGACCCCGUGGUGGUGGCAGGGGUGCUGUAGGGCCUGGCAGAACCAGCCCUCCUGGGGGGGACUUUGGGGCUUAGAAGCCUGAGAGGCAGGGGACCCAGCACCAGCAGGACCGGGUGGCUCUUCUGGUUAGACUGCCUGGCUGCAGGCCCUUGGGAGGGCAGCGCUGCCUCCUCGCCCACAUGGGCUCCGCUGGGGCCUGAGGGGCGGUUCCAGGAGGCUGGCAUGGGGAGAGCCCUGGGGUCUGCUGGUGCAGCGGCCUCCACACCCGCAGGAGGGUGAGCAGAUCGAGACCAGGGAAGGAAGUGGACUCUGGAUGGCCAGAGCCUUGACUCCUAGGGACAGGGGCUUCCUGGAACGUUCCAGCACAGGCAGAGCCUCAGGAGCACUGGGCCCAGGCUGGGUAGGGGCUGUAGGGGCGGAAGUCUUUUUGGGAAGGCUGAUGAUGAAGGCUCGGAGUGGGGAGGGGCUCUGGCUGCUGCUGGGCGGUCUGUGGAGAGCAGAUGGUGGGAGCAGAUCCUUCCUGGGAUGGGCAGGCUGGUCAUGUAACUCUGGAAGCCGCCAGUGCCUUUGGAUCCCAACAGGACACACAGAGUGGGGAUCCCAGCAUGGCGAUGGCCACCACCUGGCUGUCCCCCGGGGUUCUCUUCCCGGGCAGCAGGGGGCCACAGGGGAGGAAACCGAGGUGGAGAGGCCCGCAGAGGGAGGUGUUGGCUCAGCCGAGCCCUGACUCCCAUUCUGGUGGUCUUACCCUGCACCCUCUCCCCCCCGCCCACCCUCCACUUCCCCGAGCACCCUCCAGGGGUCACGAGACAGAACACGUGAGCAGAUGUGAGGUAUGUGCGGCACUCCCAGGGCGCCGGGAGCCAGGCGGGGGGCCGCUUGCUCACUGAGCGGUCAGGAGGGCUCCCCGGAGGAGGUGGCACGCAUACUGGUGCUGGAGGACAGAUCAGCUUCCUGGCCGCGGUGGGUGGCAGUGCUCAGCCCCUCCUGCCCCCGUGCUGGCCAGCUGGGGAAGGAAGGCAUGGGCACCAGGAGUGGGCCGCCCGCUCUGCAGUCCCGGCUCCCUGCUGGGGACUGAGUCACACUUCAUCUGGGGCUCAGGAGGGGGACUUCCGGGGACGCACCCUGCUGGCAGGCCUGGAGGACUUCACCCGGGACGGCAGGGCUCUGUCUGUGCUGCACUAGGCCCAGGCAGGCCUCAGGGCACGGAGCACGCUGAGGCAGGCCCGGCCUGGAAGCCUGGUGGGCGCAGGGCAGAGGCCACCCCGGCGCCCCAGGCCCAUGACCCCGCCAAGAUUGUUUCCCGCUGGCCAGGGUGCCCGUGCAGAGCGUGAGAGCCUCUGCCCCCACCUGCCCCGGGCCCGUUCCGGCAGCCAGUGUUGAGAAACACCAGGUUCUGCCCAGGAUGUGGCAGGCAGGACUGCCGGGGGGGCGGGGGGGCCGAUGACGCCUGGGCUGUCAGGGGCUACCUCCCCCUCCUGUUGGGGAGCUGGAGGACGACCCCCCAGCCCAGCCUGGACUUUCCCUUGUGUUUUUACUUCCCUCUGUGAGGCCAUUACAGGCAGGGCUUGGGGGUCAAGAGGGGCAUGUGAUGGUGACCCUGCCACCAGCUGCGGGGACAGCAGAGCCCAGGGCCCUCCUGUGCGGGGGGACUGUCAGAGGUCUGCGUGGCGAGGUGGCACUGUCACAGUGCCCCUCAUGCUACGUGGAUACCACCCCGCCCUCCUCCCUCGGCUCCGCUGGGGGAAGAAGGACUUGGGCCCCGCGGGCUCUCGCGGGCAUGGUCCAGCCGUGCAGGGAGGGGGCGUGGGCUCUCUUUGUCUCCGUAAAGCCCCCCUUGCAGCCAUAACUCCUGGGCGGUGGCAGCGCUCCCACCCUCCCCACCAGCUUAUCUGCUCGUCCAGCUGGGGCGCUCGGCCCUAAAUUAAAGGGCGUCUCUCACUGCUGAUUGAUGCCGCGGGCCCCCUCCUGCUGCCCAUCCCCCCACACCCCCUUUGACGCAUCGGGAGAGGGCAGCAUGUGUCCGGAAUGUUCCCUGGUUUAUUAUCACACAUGAAUUGGUCUGGUGGAAACAGCAGGAGGCGUGCAGGCUUACACCCCCACGCGGGCGGGGGCGUAGGGAGGAGCCCUGGGCCAGGGUCCUGGGCGCACCCCUCCCGCCAUUCUCGUCCUGGCUCCGCACCUGACUGGAUGGGCAGCCUGGGUGGCCCUUGCCCACUCUGGGCCUCGGUUUCCCUGUGCUGGACUCGGGGGUCUCCGUGAUGCCUGCUACCUCAAAGAGGCUGUAAUCACAGUCCGUGCCAGUGGGCAUCGACGCCUCCGCCCAGAUCGCGCUGUCUUGUGCCGAGGACGGGAGAGAAUGGGGUCCUGUGCUGGGUGUGGGGCUCCUGAGGGCUCCAAGGCUGGGCCUGCUGCCCAGCCCCUCCCUUUACCCCCCGGGUUUGGGAGGCAUCUGCCAGCUUGGUCCUGGCAGAGCAGUGACUUCGGACCGGCAGGGAGACGGGCCUUCUGGGCAGCUCCUCUGUGUGUCAACCGGGAGCUGGUGCGGAAGGUCCGAGGGAAGGAGCGGCUGGUGGUGCACAGCAGCGUGGAGCGUGACGUGGGGCUGCUGCGUCUCUACCCCGGGAUCCCCGCUGCCCUGGUUCGGGCCUUCCUGCAGCCCCCGCUGAGGGGCGUCGUCAUGGAGACGUUCGGCUGCGGGAACGGGCCCACCAAGCCGGACCUGCUGCAGGAGUUCCGGGCCGCCACCGAGCGAGGGCUCCUCAUUGUCAACUGCACACACUGCCUUCAGGGCACCGUGACCUCUGGCUACGCAGCCGGCAUGGCCGUGGCGGGAGCUGGCAUCGUCUCAGGCUUUGACAUGACGUCGGAAGCUGCCAUGGCCAAGCUGUCCUACGUGCUGGGCCAGCCGGGGCUGAGCCUGGACAGCAGGAAACAGCUGCUGGCCAGGGACCUCCGGGGGGAGGUGACGCUGCCCGCGGGGGAUGAGCACCAGCCCUCGCUGACUUGUAGCACGCUGGGCCGGGGGGUCGCCCAGCUCCUCAGUCUGAGCCAGGAGGCCGACGCAGUGCGGGAAGCUCUGACGCCUGGCCUGGCCUGUGCUGCGGCCCAUGCGGGCGACCUGGACGUGCUGCAGGCACUUGUGGAGCUGGGCAGUGACCUGAGCCAAGAGAACUUUAACGGUCAGACCCCUCUGCACGCGGCUGCCCGGGGAGGCCACCCCGAGGUGGUCACCAUGCUGUUGCAGAGAGGGGUGGGUGUGAGCGCCCGGGAUGAGGAUGGACUGAGCCCGCUGCUGCUGGCGGUGAAGGGCAGGCAUCAGGAUGUCAUUGGGCUACUGCGGGCAGCUGGGGCCUGCCUGUCCCCCCAGGAGCUAGAGGACGCAGGGACCGAGCUGUGCAGGCCACUCUGUGACGCACCCUACCAGAGCACCGGAGGGCCCCGGCCAUGGCCAAGAGGUUCCUGGAGCCUGGAGGGGACCUCAGACCCCUCUACUGCGUGUCCUGCCACCCUGCCCCACCCCACUGGGCAGGAGGCUCCCACCUGCCUCCCACCUCACACCCCAUCCCCCCACUCCGUCAUCUGGCCCUCCAGAAGACUCUCAAGUCUGGCUGGGUUUGCUCAGGUCCUUGGGUCCCUCCCUGGGAAAGGACUUGUCUGUCUGCCCUGCCCCCACACACCUCCUGUGCCCAGGGAAGAGGUCUCAAGAGACCUCCGGUUUUCAGGCAGUGCUGCCUGGUGUCUAACCUGAAGCUGCCUUGCUGCGGAACAAGCCAUUCCUUCCUGUUGUGGCCUGCUGGAGGGACGCCACCCCACGACUCUGUGACGUACCCCCACUGCUGGGACUCUCCCCACUCUGUUUCGCACACAGCCUAAAGGUCUCGGUCGGGCAGAGCGGCAAUAAAGUCUCUCUGGGGACCUCCCUCGGUCCCCAGACCCCA